AUGCACAAUUUAAGAAACUGUGCCUGCUUUUGCAACCGGUUUAAGUCGAACUACCAGAAGAGGACAUUUACAACCAUUGCUGGUGCAGUUAAAAUCAAAGAGGAUAUCAAGAAGAUCGAUUUUGCAAAUGCAAAACCGUUCAACGAAAUACCAGGACCACGCUCUAUACCGGUACUCGGAACCUCAUAUGAGUAUCUACCCUUCGGGCCAUACUCACUCCAUGCAUUACAGGACGCAUUGUUGGAUAAAUACCGUAAGUAUGGCAACAUAUGGCGCGAGACGUUUGCUUCAAUACCAGCUGUGAAUAUCAUUCUGCCAGACGACAUCGAGACACUGUUCAAAAGCGAUGGAAGUACUCCAAUACGACUUGCUAUUGAACCACUCAAACUCGUCAGAGAGAGGUUUCAAAUGCCUAUUGGUUUGGCGAAUUUGCAAGGUAAGGAGUGGCGCAAAAUAAGAAGUAGUAUGCAGAAAUUUAUUCUGAGACCUGCGGAGAUUUCCAACUUUAUUGAAGCCCAAGAUAUAAUCGCUGAUGACUUCAUCAGUCUUAUGAAAGAAUUACGAACUGAGGACGGAGAAGUUCCUGAUUUUCAACGGCAAAUAUAUAAAUGGGCACUGGAAUCGGUGGCAGCAAUCGCACUUGACACUCGUCUGGGCUGCAUAUCAGCACAUCUUGAUCCAAGUUCAGAACCAAGUGUCAUGAUAGAUGCUACUAGGAUAUUUAUGAAUUUAAUGGGGAAGCUGACGUUCUCAUCGGGGCUGUAUAAGUAUAUCAGUACACCAUCGUGGACACAAUUUGCUCGUGCCGGAGAGACGUUAUUAAGAAUAACGCAGAAAUAUACUGAAGCAGCCAUUCAGAAGAUUAAAGAGGGUCGUUUUGAAGAAGGACAAAGUAAAUAUUUACUUUCCCUGUUGGCAAUGAAGGAUCUUUCUUAUAAGGAUAUUCUAAUAUCUUCAAACGAACUUAUUACUGGCGGCAUUGAUACGACCUCUCACACCUUGGUCUUCAAUCUCUACACCCUCGCAACAAACCAUGAAAAACAAGAGAAGGUAUACGAGGAACUGAACAGAAUACUCCCUGACAAGAGCCCAAUAACACCAGAAGCAUUAAAAAGUAUGCGGUAUUUAAAAGCAUGUAUUAAAGAAACAUUCAGGCUAUUCCCAUUGGUGCCUACUAAUACAAGAGUAACUGCCAAAGAUCUAGUGAUGAGUGGAUACCAAAUCCCGAGUGGAACAAUGGUUGUAGCACCAAAUAUAGCCAGCAGAUUGCCAGAAUACUUCCCUUCCCCUGAUGAGUUCAUCCCAGAACGCUGGCUGAGAGGUGGGGACAUGCAUACAGACACAAGUGGGUUUGCUCAUCUUCCGUUUGGCUUUGGGGCCAGAAUGUGUAUUGGAAGAAGAGUUGCAGAACAGGAAUUACAACUUGCAUUGAUAAAGUUGGUCAAGAAUUUUAGAAUUGAAUGGCAUCAUGGUAAAAUGGGCGUGUAUUUUUAUAUGCUCCACGUACCUGACAAACCAGCAAGAUUCGCUUUCAUUGACAGAUAG